AGAGCAAAAGAUAGCAAGAGACAGAGAGGGAAACAUUAAACAGCCAUUGAGAUUGCAUUGUGCAGUGUCCUGAGGUGCCUUUUUACCACUAUUCCUCAGUCAAAUUCUGCAGAUAGUAUCAAAAUAAUCAAGGAAGAAUGGAUGUCUUUAAGAAAGGUUUCUCCAUUGCAAAAGAAGGUGUGGUAGCUGCUGCAGAAAAGACGAAACAGGGAGUGACUGAAGCCGCAGAGAAGACUAAAGAGGGUGUGAUGUAUGUAGGCACCAAAACCAAGGAAGGUGUAGUACAGAGUGUGAGUUCAGUUGCUGAGAAGACCAAAGAGCAGGCCAAUGUUGUGGGUGAAGCUGUGGUGGCCAGUGUGAAUACAGUGGCAAACAAGACUGUAGAAGGAGCAGAGACCAUUGUAGCAACCACAGGAGUGGUAAAAAAGGAGGAUUUGGCUCAGCCACAGCAGCCUGAACAACCAGCUGCUGCAGAAGAAGAGGCCCCAGAAGAAGCCAUGGAGGCAAGUGGAAAGGGUGAAAAUGAAGGUAAUUAAAUAACUUCAGGACUUGUAG